AUGAUCAAUUAUAAAAAUAAGGCAUAUUAUGAUAUAAAUAAAAAUGAUAGGAUUGAAGAAAAUAACGAAAUAGAAAACAUAAAUUGCAAAUUUAAAGAAAAGAAAAAAUUCACAGAGAAUGAUGUUAAAGCACUUUCAAAAUUGAUAGAGAAAUAUAAUAUAGGGAAAAACUUUGCUUGUUUUGGUGGAGCAUUUGCUAGAUUUGCAAAUGAAGCAAUUGCAUUUAAUAAAAAAGAAUUUAAGCCACGUUUAGGUAUUCAUAUGAAUGAUUAUUUAUUUAAUAAUGACAUAUUUGAAAAUAAUUUUAUAAAAUUAAUUCAUUUUUCGAGAUGGCAUAUUCUUGUAUAUUUAUCUAAUAGGAAAUUAUAUGUAUAUAAACAUAGUAGAUACUUAUGGCAUUUAGAUCAUUUUAAUGAAUGGAAAAAUAUAGAAAUUCCUACAGAUAAUGAAAUUACAAAUAUUCAAGUAGUUUCAUGUAAUUAUCAAGGUGAUAUAUAUUUUGAUAAGAUAAAUAAAGAUAAUAUGAUACAAAAUGAAAAUAAUUUAUGUAAUGAGAAAAUAUCGAAGAAUAAUAUAUUUGAUCCUAUAAAUAUUUUCUGCAUUAGCUUAAUAGAUAAUCAAAAUAAUUUAUAUGUAGGUUUAAAUAUUAAUAUUGAUUCUAAUAAAAUGAAUAUCAAGCAAAUUAAAAUGGUAAUACCAGAAAAAUUCCUAAAACAAAAUUUAGAAUUCAAUGCUUUAUUUGUUAGUUUACCAGAGUUAAAUGAUUAUGAUAUAAAAAAUAACAAUGUAGAUUUAAAAUUUUCUACUAUUUUUGAAUUAUCAUAUAAUUAUACUAGCGAAAGAAAGAAAAGAAAAAGAACUAAUGAUAAGUAUUUAAAACUUCAUAUAAAUCAUAAUAAAGAAAGAAAAAAUUAUUAUCAAUUCAAUAAAGCAUAUAAAAACUACUCUAGUGAUAGUUGCGAAUAUAUACACAUAAUAAAUAACAAUAACGUUAAUAAAAAUAUAAAAAGUGGUGAUAACAUAAAUAAUGUUAAUAAUUUGAAAAACAUCAAUAAAAAUAAUGAUUUUAGCAAUAAUAUUAAUAAUAAUCAUUUUAAGGUAAAUUCAUGUGGAGAUUGUUGUAAAUUAAAAGAAGAAAUAAUAAAAAAGCACAAAAAUUAUAAUAAUAUUAAAUUAGAAUUAAAUAAAAAAAGUGGAGUUAUUAAUAAUGAUGCAGUCAAUAAUUAUUUGAAAAAAGAAAAAGGAAGUAUUUUAGAGUAUUCUAUAAAAAUUGCAAGAAGUGUGAGUAACAAAAACGAAGCAAAUGAUCAAUUUACAGAAAAUGAUAUUGAUAGUACAAUUGAUGAAGAGAUUGAUAACGAUUAUAUAAAUAAGAAAAAUUACUUUUUAUAUAUCAAAAUAUCUGAUAAUGUAAAAUUUAAAAAAAAGUUAAUAAAUUCAAAACCCAAAAAAUUAAUUAGUGGAACGUCUUGCAAUCACGGUUGUGUUUUAUUUGAAAACAAAGAAAUUUAUUUUUGGAUAUAUAAAAAAGGAAAUCCAUUAAAUAUUUCAAAUAAAGAUGAGAAAAUAUGUACUGAUACGAAAAGCAAUUUUAUUACUUUUAAAAAAUUAAAAUCUCCUAAAUUAAAAAUAAUAGAAGUUAUUUAUUGUAAUAAUACAUAUAUAAUGUUAUCAGAAGACAAAAAUAUUUAUAUUUUGAAAUUGCCAUUUUUACAAAAUUUAAGAGCUGUUAAUUUCUUUUUUUAUUUAAAUAAUUAUUUGUUCAAAAAAACAAAUUUUAUCCAUAAUACUGGUAUGUUGACUCUUGACAAAAUAAAAAAAGAUGAUUUAAUUAAAAUGUAUUUGACAGAUUACAUUUUAAUUACUAUUCAUAACACAAAAGAUAUUUAUUUUACACCAAUAUUAUUUGAGAAUAUAUAUAAUUAUAAAGAUACUCAAUAUAUUGAUGUAUUAUCAACCAAAUAUGAAUAUCAGAUUAAAAAUUUAAUAAAAAAUCUUGGUGAGUUUAAUAUAAAUGGAUUAGAGAAAUUAUUUUCUCAGGAAGAAAAAAUGAGGUUCCCUAAUUUAACUAAAUAUAAAAUGAUUCGAAUUUGCGCUGAGAAAAAAAAUUCAUUUACAUUAUACGUAAGCCCUAAUGCAUUAAUUGUUUGUAUAUAUAAUUUAUUUGAAUAUUAUGAUAUAUUAAAUACUUCUAUUUCUAAUUUUUUGAGUAAGUAUUAUAUUGUAUAG